AUGUGGUCCCCAACGAGAGAACCGCUUCCUGUGGUGGGCGUUCGGCUUUGGAGGCGGCAGGGAAAUCUCAUCCAAGUCAGGAAAGUGGCCCAAAGAGACAAAGGUCGUGAGUCGGGAAGCCCGGGACCCAGCGCAGCGAGCAACCGGGAGCAGCGCACACCCCAGCCCCGCUCCCUCCACAUCCCGCCCAGACCUGGAUCAUCCCGCACGGGCGGCGGGGCCAGCCUGGGAGCGGCGCUUACCCACUUCCCAGCAGCAAGCGCAGGGACCGCUCUUAUCCCGAUCGUCCGGACAGCACCUUCCUAUGGGCCGCGCUGCCGCAGCUUCUCCACCCGCGCCCAGCUCCGUCUGAGCUCCCUCUCGGCCCAGGGCCGGGUCCCUAUUUCCUACAGGGCCCAGGGGCGGGGAGACGGGGGCUGGUCCUGGCGGGGAGGGCCUGCCCCGCCCCUGACCGAGCUAGGCAAAUCCGCUUGGGCCAGCUCAGCCGCUCCGCCCCUACCGCGAGCGGCGCUGGGCGGGACUGCGUGCGUGGCGUGUCCGCUGGACCAGGGGACUGGGGCAAUCGGAGGUGUAGGCCCUUUGCUCGCCUACCCGGAGGUCGUGGGUAGCGGAGGGGUCAAGACUUGUUGUCUAGCAGCCGUCUCCCCGCCGCCCUGUCCUGGCCGAAGCAAAGGCCGCGUGCGGUCCGCGUCUGCCAGGCUUCAGGGCUGCGCGGGUACUGGGUGGGUGGUGGGCCGGGCGACCGGAAGAUCCUGGCCGCCUUUCCGGUCGCCUCAGCACCCUGGAGCGCAGCCCUCGGGUUUCGGUCCCCUGGACUCUGCAGGUCGGUCCCGGUGGCGGAUUAUCCUCGCCCACAACCUCGAGGCCCCUGGGUCAACCACGCCUUCCGGGCCGGCAACCCAAGGUUUAGUCAGAUUCCUCCAGACCCAUCGCUUCUGGGAAAGAGGCGCCUCCCGUCAGGAGGAUGCUGAGUUCCUCAUGACUGGACCAGUGAGUGUCCACUCCCUGGUCCCUGGCGGGAGAGGCGGGACCCCCACGCGCUCCCGUUGCUCUUUGCAGAGAUGUUCCUCAGGCCCAGUCCGGGAUUUGGGAUGUCUGUGCAUGCUGUGGAGCAGAGAGUAUGCAACAUGUAUGUCUUUAUCAGCAGCAUGAAAAUUGACUCAUACAGUGAUCCAUUACCAAGGGUAAAAUUCUCCUGAGUGCCGAACAAAGAGAUAAACUACAUUUGAGUUUUGGGUAAGUCCCCUAUAAUGAUGAAUCAAGAAUCCUCAAAUCUGUCUUGCCACCCAUUUAAUAUGUAUUUUUGUUAAGGCUGAAGUUUAGAGUUAGAAUCAGGACAUUUUGGCCUAUUGAGAAGUUCUGAAUUCCAACAGAAGAUGCCAUGUAAAUCAGCGAAUUUGAUUCUUUUAAAAGGAACUUAUAAAAUUUACAAGAUUUAUUCAAUAAAGCAGUUCAACUUUGGUAUAUCA